UAAACAAAUAAUUAAUGGUAUCGGAUGGAAGUGGUCAAAGAAAGUUUCCCAAUGGUUAGCAAAAAACCAGAGAAUCACCGAAACUGGAAAACUACCAUUUUCUUGGAAAACCACCAUUUUCUUGGAAAACCACUUGCGGCCAUCAUUACAAAAACAAAACCCCCCCUCGUUUCUUUCCCCAUCUACAUUUCUUCCAUUUUCCACACACCUUCUUCUUCGUUGUUCAUCCAUCCAUCACGCCAUGCGUCUCAGCUGUAAUGGAUGCCGAGUUCUUCGCAAAGGCUGCAGUGAAAGCUGCUCCAUCAGGCCUUGUCUUCAAUGGAUCAAAACCCCCCAAUCCCAAGCCAAUGCCACCUUCUUCCUCGCCAAAUUCUACGGCCGAGCUGGCCUCCUUAACCUCAUCAAUGCCGGCCCCGAUCACCUCCGCCCUGCGAUUUUUAAAUCUUUGCUAUUCGAGGCGUGUGGGCGGAUUGUGAACCCGAUUUAUGGGUCGGCCGGACUGUUGUGGUCCGGGAGCUGGCAGCUCUGUCAGGACGCCGUCGAAGCCGUUCUCAAAGGUGCACCGAUUCUGCCUGUUUCUUCCGAGUCUGCGGCGUCGCACAUGGGCCCACCGUUGAAGGGCUGCGACAUCCGCCACGUUUCGAGACAACAAGGCUCCGCCCCUGAUUCCGCGCUCCAGAAGAUCAAAACGCGACGGCGGCUCAAGCGAUCAGCGCCCAACAAGCCGAUGCCGAAGGAGGAGCCGGUGGUGGUAACCGAGUUCGCAUUCGACGACCCGACCCGAAUUGUCUCGGAGCCCCGGUGUUUGAUGUUCGAGCUGGAUAGUUGGGUGGGCCAUAAAUCGCAGGAGAAGGACGGCAGCAGUGGCAGCAGCGACGAGGCCGAGUGUUUGUCGGUGGAGGGUUCUGCAGUUGAGCAGGUUGGUGACGUGGAGUUAGAACUUAGCUUGGGGUUAUAGUGAAGAGUCGGAUGCUGACGUGGCUGUAAGAAGGCAACGUGUAAAGAAGGAUGGAUGAUUUGGGUUUUGAUAUUGUACAAAAGAAAAUGAGUAUUUUGUU